AUGCAACAGCGUCUUACAUUUCGACGUACUGGUCACGAAGCUAUGAGUUCUGAUAUUCAUCGACUUGUGGAUAUACGUCAAGACCUCUGGUCUGGUUUCAAUACUCGAUUAGCAAGUACUUUGAGUACAUUUAAGCGUGAAAAUGUUGACAAGAGUGAACGAGAUGAAGACAUGAAUGUGGUUUUUGAUCGAGAAAUGAAUGAUACGAAUGUUUCAUCAUCAUAUGAACGUGUACGAUGUAAGUCUGCUAUCUCAUCCGAAAGUUGUGAAAAUGAACAGAUUUCCGAAGACACGACAUUAUUAAGUGCAGCUCAAAAAGCAGGAUGUUUUAGUUACAUUAAGCGACGAUAUAGUAUCGCUAUUGCUUUUGCCUCGAACGAACCAUCUGAAGAAUUUCGUGAACCAAGUAAUAUUUCACCUGCUGAUGAAAGUGUGCAUGAAGGUUCAAAUUGGGAAGCUAUUAAAGCAAAACAUGGCGUUCAAAUGUUUAAAUCGAAACGAUCACGAUGUGAAGUACGAGGAGUGACGCAUGUGAAUGCUUCUGUCAAGAAUGUCAUGACGAUUUUAGCAGCUGGAGAGAAUACUGAGAUCUUUGCUGCAGCUCAAAAGACAAUUUUAGGUGCUGAUCAAGUGAUUGAAGCCAAAGUCUUAGCAUCGUGUGCACCAUCAACAAAUUCUCGUUUCUUUCAUUGUGGUUUGAAAUAUUUGGCAAUUAAAAAUCCAUUUGGUACAGCACCGUUAGAUCUUGUUUAUCUUGACUAUACGGAUGUUAAAACGACAAAAGAUGGGAAAUUAAUUGGAUAUCGAAUUCUUGAGUCAAUUCGUGUACCGGAAUUACGUGCUUCAUCUAAGUUUGUGCGUGCUUCUAUACGAUGUGAAGUCUAUACUGUCGUUGAGACAGAGAGUCCUGGUGUUGUCGAAGUGACGUUUGCAUCGCAUCUUGAUCCAAAGAGUAAAUGUGCAUCGAGUAAACGAUCAUUAUGGCUUGAAUUAGCUGGAUUACGUCUAGCAAAUAUACGUAGUCAUGCUGAAAAAACAAGUAUUGGACAUCAUCUUGCACGUGAGAAUCCGGAUGAGAUGAUUCGUCGACAUCGUUCAUUUACAAGUGGAGAUAAAGAUAAACAACAACGAAAAUGUAAUGUGUGUCAACAUACGUUUUCAUUCUUACGUAAGCGUCACGAUUGUCGUCUCUGUGGAGAAGCAAGUUGUGGACGAUGUUGUCGAAAGAUGCCAGUACUUGUUGAGACCGAGUCGAUACGAGUUAAAGUGUGUUUAAGUUGCAUUUUACACUCGAGAAACAAUCCAGAUGAGAUUCGACGUGGAGAACUUGGACAAUCUUCACGUCGUCGAGAUAUUGGCAAUUCGACAUUUAUUAUCUACGAUGAGUAA